CAUUUUGACGUUUCGUACAGUUCUUUUCGGUGUCAAGCAAAAUGGCGGAUCAGACGGAACGUUCAUUCCAAAAGCAACCUACUGUGUUUUUGAACCGUAAGAAGGGAAUCGGUGUUAAAAGGAGCCGCAAACCACUGAGAUACCACAAAGAUGUGGGACUCGGUUUCAAAACACCGAGAGAGGCGAUUGAUGGCACCUACAUUGACAAGAAGUGCCCAUUCACAGGCAAUGUGUCCAUCCGUGGACGUAUCCUGACUGGUGUCGUGCAGAAAAUGAAGAUGCAGCGCACCAUUGUCAUCAGACGUGACUACCUGCACUACCUACCCAAAUACAACAGAUUCGAGAAGCGUCACAGGAAUAUGCCUGUCCAUUUAUCGCCUUGCUUUAGGGACGUCGAAGCUGGAGAUAUUGUCACCAUUGGUGAAUGCAGACCUCUAUCCAAGACAGUCCGUUUCAACGUAUUAAAGGUUUCAAAGGGCAAGGGAUCCAAAAAAUCCUUCAAAAAAUUCUAAUAAAAUUACUUGCUAAGUA